AUGGGCAUAAGGACAGCAAAUCCAUCUGAGCUCAUCACUAUUGAUUGUAAUUAUCUUUCUCGAAUCCAGAUCCGACAAGAGACCUUGCGAGACCACGCCGAUAGGGUACUUGGGUGCCUCCCAACAGGCGUUGCACCACUGUAUGAGGUAUAUGAAUACCUCCUGAACGACUACUUGCCGGCGCGAUACCCAAGUAUGUUUACGAAAGAGGGAAAGAAGUUUCUCAACCAGGUCACAGGUGCCUCGUUGCCUUUGGAGCCGCCUUCUGACCCCCUCGAGGCGCUCAGGCUACUUGGGCAGACAAUCGAGGAUGAUCUCUUCCUUUUGCAACAAGAAACAGAGGGACACAGAUGUGUUGGAGGGAUGUGUACAAGUCCAUCUGGCUUUGACCCAAGUGAGAAAAUUGGCAAAUUGAUGAAGGACAUUCAUGAGCCUGUCCCAGCUUACGAAAAGAUCGGUCCAAGUAUGGAACGGUACUUCAGUCGGGUGGAGGUGGGAAAGAAUGCUGUCCGCACCAACUGGUCCAUCACGACAAGUCCUGAACUACUUAAUCUGAGUACCAAUCACGUUAAAGAAGGUGACGUUGUCGAGGAGGACAUAGAUGUAGAUAUAUCUCAGGCAAGAUUGAGAGUGGAACUCCAAACACUCAGCCGAUUACCGCGCACCAGAGCUCUACUAUUCUCAUUCAAAACCUAUACUUAUCCCCUUGCAGAUAUCAAGUCGGAGGGACUUGGACCACAACUCGCCGAAGCCAUCGAGGGGCUGAAGACAGGCAACGCCGAGGGAAUGUGGACAUACAAAGGUGGAGUGCGAUGGGGAAAGAGCGUAUGCGAAUAUCUGCGGGCAUGA